AUGCAAAAACUAAUCAUCGAUACAGAUCCAGGUGUCGAUGACGUCCUAGCUCUUACUCUCGCUCUUCUUUCUUCAAACACUGACUUAGCCCUCAUCUCACUUUGUUUCGGUAACUGUAAUACUGAAAACUCACUCCGUAAUGUUCUUACCCUAAUGCAUGUUCUACAACUUGAAGAAUCUCAUAGAAAUACUAAAAUACUCCAUUCAAAACCUAAAAUAGCAAUUGGCCUCGAAACUGCCCUGGAUGGAACUCAACUCGAUGCAACUGACUUUCAUGGUCAAGAUGGCUUGGGGAACGUUCACAACACUGCCCCACAUUUCUCUGCUCCUACACACUGGAUUAAUCAAUUUAAUCAAGACUCUGAUAUGAACUUAUCCUCCUCCUCCUCUUCACUACCCUUUGUGGCUUCCAAAACCCCAUCUUAUCUUGAAAUAAUCAAUAUCCUUCGUACAGAACCAGAAAACACAGUCACCAUAGUCGCCAUAGGACCCCUAAUGAAUCUUGCAAAAGCCGCAGAAAUUGAUCCAUAUGUAUUUUCACGCGCUAAAUCAGUCGUUUCUAUGGGAGGUGCUCUUCGUGUUCCUGGAAAUGUAACCCCUUACUCUGAAUUUAACGUUUUCUCUGACCCUUUGGCCGCUUCACGUGUAUAUAAUCUAACCGGCACUCUAGAUAGAUCUCCUCAAAAUAAGUCACUUCCAAUAACCCUCGAUAUUCUGCCACUUGAUCUUACAGAAAAACACAAAAUGUUUGCUCAAGAUUUCGACAAAGUCCAAGAGUUUCAUUCAACUAAUCCCUCUCCACUUUUUCAAUGGGCAAGUAUCUGGCUCAAACAAACUUUCAAUACUUACAAACACAUUUCUGGGCUUGACGAUUCUCCACAACACUUGGCCACACUCGGAAUUCAAAUGCAUGAUCCAUUGGCUGUCCACUAUGCGUUGACUAGCCAUCUAAUUGUUGACAACAACAAUGUAGUAACAGGGCUAUGGCGCGUACAUAAAAAUAAAGACGUUCGCAUCGAGACAAAUGGGACCUGGACGCGCGGAAUGACGGUCGAGGAUAGGCGCGGGAAGCCUAAACGUAAGGACCCGACACAUAAUGAUUAUGACGAGUGGUUGACAGAGGGCCAUGGCAACAAUAUUGGUGUGGUUGGGGAGUACUUGGGCAUACGCAACUUUGGACAAGAUGUUUUGAGUAUCAUGUUUGGGCUUCCUGAUAAUUUUUUUUAA